AUGGAGGAGAAUCUCCCCAAUAUUUUGAGCGACAGUUUAGGCUCCCGGCACUUAGACCUCAAUCAAAAAGCUGAUUUAACUUUAAAAGGGAUGCAUAUCCCACAUGGUGAUCUGUUACUUGUGCAUCUGAUGAUGUUGCACGAAGUAAGGACUCAAGAAGUAUUUGAAAUGGGGAGGUUUGCAUGGGGUACAUAUCUUUGGAGGUAUACUUCGUGGAUGAUGCGUGAAAUGUUUAAAAAAAUAGUAGAAUUUAGACAAUUCAAGGAGGCCAAUCCCGAAUCCAAGAACAUACAUAAGUAUACCGUUCUUGGUUUUAUGCUGCCAUUUAAGAUCUGGAUUUUGGAGACGUUCCCCGAGGCAACCAAAUUUUAUGUACGCAUCCCGACAGAAUUGCCAAUGAUGAGGUGUUGGAGAAGUAAAUCAGCGUUAUCUUGGGAGAACUGUUGUAGAAUAAUCAACGUGUCUGUGCCUAACAACCAACCUAUUCAAGUGGUGGCAAACGAGACGGAGCUGAUGUUACCCUUUUAUGUUCGAUACGUGAAUUGGACUCUUAACCAUGAAGAGUCUCCUCCACCGCAACAGUCUCCUCCACCGCAACAUAGUCCGGUCCGAAAUAGUCCACCUGCUGUUCAGUCACCUCCUCGUAGAAGUAUGUACAAGUCGGAUACAUGUUCGACUGAAUCUGCCACAAAUGCUUCUUCCUCGCAACAGCCUGAAAUAGAAACGAGGUUGCUAAAGAAGAAGAAGAGUAGCACAAAGGCAUUAGUGAAGUGUCUACUAGGCAUCGUGGCUGAAUUAUCAUCUAAAGUAGACCGUGUAUUAGAAGAAAAAAGAUCAGCCAAACAAACGGAUUGUAGAGGAUGA